AACUUUCUUCUCUCUGGAAUUCUCUUUAUUACUCUAAUUAGGUCGCAAUUACUUUCGCUUCCUCUACGCAUUGUUGCAACAAAAUUUUCCACAACAAACGGAUAAAACUAGACUCGUUUACAAUUUGCUUAGGGUUAUGAAUGGUAGAUUUCCAUAGCGAUACAUUUAUUGGGGUUUCGUGUGAUUCUGGUUGGAAUGGGGGUUAGGGCAUACCAAGACAGUAUCUUCACAAAGAGAAACGAUGGUUAAUAAAAUUUUUCAAAGAGCUCGGAAUUCAACAUAAAAUUUUAACAGUACAGGAGUCCGGGCUGUAACUAAAUUGGGAAUUUAUUGCUUAUAAAAAUCAUUCAUUGAUGACUUUUCCUUUGCAAUAUUGAGUUCAAGUCCAAAGAAGUAAGAAUGCAAAACAAAGGGUGCAGAGUAGCUUGGAUGGUAAGAUUAGAGGUCCAAAUUAGUCACCUGCGUGUGUUUGUUUCGCCAUCACCCUCAAGGGAAUUGGCUCCCCCAAACUGAGGGGAGUGCAUUCUUAGAGGAUAUAACUGUUUAUCAAUAGUUAGGAGACUCGGGUAGGUAUCAUACACAUAUAACAAACUAUAAAAAGGUUGUUAAAAUCUUCUUUUUUCGGUAACAGUUAAGUUAGAAAAGCUAAAUCCCACUCACAGUAUAUUUAUUUUCAUUUCGUUUAUCCUUUUGGGGAUUAUAUACUGCUGUGGGACGUGGCCAAAUUCAUGCAGCACUUUUCCAACUAAGGAUUGUAUUUCUUUCCUUUUUAUGUUCCUUCUUCUUUUAUUUUAUUUUUUUAUUUCUCAAUUUAUACUUUAAAUUAAUGUACUGACUCUUUCCUGCAUCUGAUGCUAAAAAUGGGUGUUCUGGGACUGUUUUCGUCUUUUCAGUCCUUGCUGGGUUGGCUUUUAUGUUUUCAGCUAGCAUUUUGCUUCAGAUACUGGCAUGUGCAAUAUAUAACAAUUGGUGGCCCAUGUUAUCAGCUCUGAUGUAUGUGCUUGUACCUAUGCCUUGCUUAUUCUUUGGAGGUGGAUCUACUCAAUUUCUAAUGAGCCGUGAUGGUGGGGGUUGGAUAGAUGCAGCAAAAUUUUUGACUGGAGCAUCAGCCGUUGGGAGCAUAGCCAUUCCUAUAAUCCUCAGGCAUGCACAUAUGAUUGAGACAGGGGCAAUGCUCAUUGAGCUUGUAUCGUUCUUCAUAUUUAUAUGCACCGUUUUAUGUUUCCACCAAGCCAACCUUGAUGAUGAUUGGUAAAUAGAAUAUUCCACAAUGCUCUGACAUCCUGCUAGUCAUUAGGGUUCGUAACCAUAAAAGGGAAACCGGAUAGUGAGACUUACCACAAACAUUGGAAAAGAAAUGUAUGUUCAAACCUCUGUAAAGCUCUGCCGCAAUUUCGUUUUUGUCACUUUGUAUUCUUGAUAUAGUAAGUUAUUUGUGAUAAUUCUUAUUCGUGGAGAACACAUGACAUUUGACUUUCUUGGUUUCUUUAUUGUUCAUAGGGUGUGUAUAUCGUUCAUGUAAAACAUCAUUUUGUUAACACUAUAUAUAUGCUUUUUCUCGCUCAUGCUCUUGAGUUGAGACAUACAGAUAAA